AUGCUGGAUGGAUUCGCAAACCCACAAGCCAAGCACUACGCAAAGCCGAGCGGAGAUGUGCCAGGCACCCAGUGCAGUCGCGUGACCCGAGCAGCGCCCCGCCUCACGCGCACACACAUACUUUAUGAGGGAGGCGGCGCGUGGUGCAGCGCGAUGCGUGGCGUGCGGGGCGUGCGUGCGUGGCUGGCGCUGGCGGCGCUCUGGGGGCUCGUGUGGCGCGCCAGCGGCGGCCCCGGCCCGCCCGUCGAGCUGCGCUUCUCCAGCGCGCUCUACAACCUCUCCAUACCUGAGAACAGUCCGCCGCGCACCUACGCACUGCAACCGCCCGCCGACGACCCGCUGGGCGUGCGCUUGCCGGCGCCGGACGCUCGCGUACGGUUUCGCAUCCGCCACGGGGACAAGGACAAAUUCUUCAAGGCGGAGGAACGAACCGUUGGUGACUUCUGUUUUUUAUCAAUAAGAACGCGCGCCGGCCAUGCAGACGUGUUGAACCGCGAGCGCCGCGACUUAUAUCGACUCGACGUGCGCGCUACCGCGCAGCUAGCUAACGGACGCCAGCUCGAAGCUGACACAGUACUGGUCGUGUCCAUCGCCGACGAGAACGACCUGAGCCCAUUGUUUUAUCCCACCGAAUAUGAAGCUGUGGUGCCAGAAGAUGCCCCUUUACACUCCAGCAUUGCUCGUGUUACUGCCGAGGAUGCUGACCUCGGCCUUAACGGAGAGAUCUACUACAGCUUAGCGGAACCUACAGAUCGCUUCGCUAUUCAUCCGACCACUGGCGUCAUCACCAUCACUCGGCCCUUAUCAGCAACCGAAAGCACACGUCAUACAUUUGCUGUCUUAGCUCGCGAUCGUGCGUCACUGCUAGCACGAGGCGAGGAAGCCCCGGCCGCCCGCGCCACGGUCUCAGUACGAGUGAAACGCGUCAAUCUCCAUGCGCCAGUGCUUCAUGUGAGACGUAUGCCUGAACUUGUAGAAAAUUCCACUGCUGAAAUCUAUGCAAUCAUAGCAGUGACAGACGAAGACGAUGGAGAACACGGGCGCAUAGCCAGCCUUGAAAUUGUGGACGGGGAUCCCGACGGACACUUCCGCGUACGACCGUCGGCGCAGGCCGGCGAGUACGACGUGUUGGUGCACGCGCUGCUGGACCGCGAGAGCGCGCCGGCCGGCUACAACCUCACGCUGCGCGCGCAGGACGCGGGCCGCCCACCGCGCGCCUCGUACCUCACGCUGCCGGUGACGCUGGUCGACGCCAACGACAACGCGCCCGUAUUCAGCCGAGAGGUGUAUGAGGCGAGUAUUCCGGAAACCGUGCCGCCGAACACCCCCGUCAUCAGGCUCAAAGUGAGCGAUCGCGAUGAAGGAAGAAAUGCUAGAGUUUAUAUUGAAGUUGUUGGUGGAAACGAAGGCGAAGAAUUCUAUGUUAAUCCGGACACGGGUGUAUUAUACACCGCCGUAUCGCUCGAUGCUGAAGACAAAGCCCUUUACACUUUGACAGUGUCAGCUAUAGACCAAGGAAACGCCGGUACGCGUAAACAGUCUUCAGCCAAAGUUAAGAUAACGAUACUCGACUCGAACGACAACGAUCCUAUUUUCGAAAGAGAAGUGACCGAGGUAACUGUCCAAGAGAACGGACCUAGCGGCGCCGUAGUCGCUCGGGUUGUCGCUCGGGACGCCGAUUCUGGAGAUAACGCAUAUAUUUCCUACAGCAUUGCCAAUUUGCAACCAGUACCAUUCGACGUCGAUCACUUCUCGGGCGCUGUGCGCACAACGCGUUUGUUAGAUUAUGAAAGUAUGCGCCGCGAGUACACCCUGCGAAUACGAGCUAGUGACUGGGGAGUACCGUAUCGCAGACAAGCCGAAAUGCGACUCGUAGUGCGCCUCGAAGACGUCAACGACAACCGGCCGCAGUUCGAGCGCGUGGACUGUGUAGGCUACCUACCACGGAAACUCAUCAUCGGCUCUGAAAUCGUCACACUUUCUGCGAUCGACUUUGAUGCGGGAGACGUAGUAUCCUACCGCAUCAUUGGUGGCAACGAGGACAAUUGUUUCGCUCUCGAUGCAGGCACUGGUGUUAUGAGUCUCUCCUGUGACUUAAGCGACGUACGCGCGGAUUCUAGGCUUCUCAACGUCACGGCAACUGAUGGUACACAUUUUGCUGACGCCACAGCACUGACACUUCACCUGGUAAGCAGCGGAGGCAGUGGCUCAGAGCUAAGCUCUUUGGAAUGCCGCGACACGGGCGUGGCUCGUCGCCUCACCGAGCUGCUAGCGGCAGCCGAACGUAGUAAUGCACCGCAAGACCUCUCUGACGAAUUUUCUUUAGCACCUUCUCGAUACGGAGAGAACCUCCAUGCUCCGGAAUUCCUUGAUUUUCCAGUUGAAGUAAAAGUAAAUGAGUCAGUUGCACUCGGCACAUCUCUAGUAAAGCUACGCGCGCGUGACCGUGACUUAGGCUACAACGGACUACUGGUGUAUGGUAUUUCCGGAGGCGACGCCGACUCAGCGUUUCGUAUCGAUCCGGACUCUGGGGAACUCCAAGUCAUCGGGUAUUUGGAUCGCGAACGGGAGAGUGAAUAUUAUCUAAACAUUACAGUAUACGAUCUGGGGACACCUCAGCAUUCGGUAUCCCGUCUAUUGCCCGUCACUAUUCUGGACGUCAACGAUAACACUCCACGCUUCGAAAAGACUUUGGCAAGCUUUCGGGUAACCGAGAACGCGUUGAACGGUACAGCCAUAUUCCGCGCGAACGCCACCGACCGCGACGCCGGCGACUUCGCGCGCAUCACGUACAGCGUGAGCGGCGCGGACGACGGCGAGUUCUGCGUGGAGCGCGACAGCGGCGUGCUGCGCGUGUGCGCGGCGCUGGACCGCGAGCGGCGCGCGCUGUACGAGCUGUCGCUGCGCGCCGCGGACGGCGGCGGCCUGCACGCCGAGGCGCUGGUGCGCGUGGCGGUGGACGACGUCAACGACAACGCGCCUCGCUUCGCGCUGGCCACGUACGGAGCGCGCGCGCGCGAGGACGUACCCGUGGGCACGCUGGUGGCCGUCGUGGAAGCGUUCGACCCCGACUUGGGCGCGGGCGGCACCGUGACUUACUCCUUGCCCGACCAAGCUGCCGACGAUGUAGUUUUCACCAUCGACACUACUUCGGGCACCUUACGCACCGCUAAAUUAUUAGACUUCGAAGAAAGACAGGUGGUGGACGUGGACGAGAACGCGCACGCGCCGCAGUUCAGCGACCACGCCGUGCUGGCCGGCAGCGUGCGCGAGGACGCCGAGCGCGCCACCGUCGUGCUCACGGCCGCCGCCAGCGACGCCGACCCGCCCGGCCGCGACUCGCGCCUGGCCUACUACAUCGUGGCCGGCUCUGGCAUGGCGCACUUCUCCGUCGACGACGCCGGCGUCAUUCGCACGUUGACUCCAUUGGACCGGGAGUCCGUGCCUCACUACUGGCUGACUCUGUGCGCCCAAGACCACGGGCUGGUCCCGCGACACUCGUGCGUACAGGUGUACAUCGAGGUGGAGGACGUCAACGACAUGGUGCCGUGGCCGGAGCAGGCCGCGUACUGGGCCGCGGUGGCCGAGCACUGCCCGGCCGGCACGCGCGUGGCCACGGUGCGCGCCACGGACGCGGACGCCGCGCCCACCCCCGCCAACAUCACCUACUCAAUCGUCGCCGGCAACCCCGAUGGAUUAUUUUCAAUAGACGAACAUACCGGGGAGGUCGUGACGACGGGGCGCACGCUGGACCGCGAGGCGGGCGCCGGCCACGCGCUCGAGGUGCAGGCCUCCGACGGCGCGCUCGCCAGCACCGCGCGCCUCGUCGUGCGUCUACUCGACGUCAACGACCACGCGCCGGCCUUCGCGCAGCGCUUCUACGACAUCCGCGUGCCCGCGCCGCUCGCGCCGCCCGCGCCGUCCGCGCCGCGCGCCGACGCUCUGCCGCAGGGUGACGAGGCCGACGGUGACGAAGCGUUACCCGUCGCCGACGAAAGCAGUACCGAGUGGGAGGCCGAAGACGACGAAGAAGGUUCAGGAGUGCGCGCGCCCUGGGACUUUUACGACGACCCCGUACCCGUCGGCCACUACGUCGCCACGGUGGUGGCCUUCGACUCCGACGAGGGCGCCAACGGCACGGUGCGCUACUGGGCGCGGGCGCGCGGCGCGGCGCGCGGCCUCCUGCGCGUUCACGCCGCCAGCGGCCGCCUGCUGCUGGCGCCGCGCCUGGCGCUGGCGCCCGGCGACUCGUACGACGUCACGCUGCGCGCGUGCGACGCCGCGGCGCGCCCGCGCUGCAGCGUGGCGCGCGCCGUGCUGCGCGGCGUGGCGCGGGCGGGGGCGCGGCGCCCCGGCUGGCGCCCCCGGCGCCGCUGCAGAGAAGAUGGAAGUCUAGUGUUGGCGCGACGUCUGCUCUGGGAGCGCCAGCCACAGUACUGUCUCAACGUGUCCGUCACCGACGGCCACCACGUCGUCUACGCUCCGGUCAACAUCACCGUCAUCAACGACGCUAACGAAGGGGGCGUGGCGUUCACACAAGACGAGUACAUCGUGGAGACUUCGGAAGCGACCCGCGUGGGCGAGGCGCUCGUAGCCCUGCGCGCCACCGGCGCCGGCCGCCUCUUGUACGGCGUGCACGCCGCGCGCGCGCCCGCCUCCGCGCGACUGUUCCGCCUGCACGAGCUCAGCGGCGUGCUCGAGCUCGCGCACGCGCUCGACAGGGAGAGCGCGGCCGUGCACGAGCUGACGGUGUGGGCGCGCGACCAGGCGCCGCGCGCCGCGCGGGCCUACGCGCGCGUCAUCGUGCGCGUGCACGACGCGGACGAGCACGCGCCCGAGUGGGGCCGGCGCCUGGCCGAGAGCGCGCCUGCCGCGCGGGGCGCCGGCCGGCGCGCUGGUGGCCGCGCUGCGCGCCGCCGACCGCGACGCGGGCGACGCGGCGCGCGUGGUGUACUCGCUGGCGGCGGGGACGCGGGCGGCACGUUCACGGUGGACGCGGCGCUGGGCGACGUGCGGCUGGCGCGCGCGCUGCCGGCGGCGGGCCCGCGCGACUACACGCUGGCGGUGCGCGCGGCCAACCCGGCGCCGGGCGCGCGCUGGGCGACGCUGCCGCUGCACGUGGUGGUGGUGGAGGCGGCGGACGCGGCGCCGCGCUUCGUGGCGGCGGACGUGUCGUGCGAGGUGUUCGAGAACGAGCCGGCGGGCGCGGCGCUGGCGGCGCUGGAGGUGCGCAGCGCGAGCGCGCCGUGGUUCUCGCUGGAGGGCGGCGAGGGUCUGUUCCGCCUCAACCCGGCCGCCGGGUUGCUGGCCACGGCCGCGCCGCUCGACUACGAGACCCAGAACUUUUACAACUUGACGGUGACGGCGAUAAACAUGGGCGGCGGGCGGGCCGUGGCGCGCGUGGGCGUGCACGUGCUGGACCGCAACGAGUUCCCGCCCGCGCUGCGGCGCGCGCAGUACCGCGGCCGCGUGGCCGAGGACGCGGCGCCCGGCGCGCUCGUGGCCGACGCCGACGCCGGCGCCGCGCCGCUCGUGCUGCUCACGGACGACGCCGACUCGCCCGCCAACCGCCAGCGCGCCUACGAGAUCCUGCAGCCGGCCGCCGCCGCGCAGUUCCGCGUCGACCCCACCACCGGCGCGCUGCAUCUGCUGGCGCGCCUCGACUACGAGCGCGCGCAGAGGCACGAGUUCAGCGUCAGGGUUAUUGACAUGGGAACUCCGAGGCUUCCGUCCGGGAGCGUCGCAAAAGUGGUCGUGGAAGUGACGGACGUGAACGACUGCCCGCCCGAGUUCUCGCAGGCGGAGUACUCGGCCACGGUGCUGCUGCCCACGUCGGACGGCGUGGCGGUGGCCAGGCUGGCGGCGCACGACCCCGACCUGGCGCCCGGCGCGCGGCUGAAGUACGACAUCAUCGAGGGCGACCCGGACGCGGCCUUCGCGCUGUCGGACGCGGGCGAGCUGCGCGUGGCGCGCGCGGCGGCGCUGCAGUCGGCGCGGCGCCUGCGCGUGCGCGCGUCGGACGGGCUGUACUCGGCCACGGCGCGCGUCGACGUGCGCGUGGCCGAGGCCGACAACUCGGGCCUGGCGUUCCAGAAGGCCGACUACUACGGCUCCGUGGUGGAGAACUCCACCAAGCCGACCACGGUGGCCGUGCUCAACCGCGUGGCGCGCGCCCGGCUCCACGUCGCCGUCACCGACGUCAACGACAACUGCCCCGUGUUCGUGGAGCGGCCCUACGCCGCCGCCGUGCUGGCCGGCGCGCCGCCCGGCACGGCCGUGCUGCGCGUGCGCGCCGUGGACCUGGACGCCAACGACAACGGCGAGGUGCGCUACGAGAUGAAGCGCGGCCACGGCGAGCUGUUCCGCGUCGACCGCCGCAGCGGACAGAUCUCGCUCAAGCAGACGCUGGACGCGCACAGCCAGCUGUACUGGCUCGACAUCGCGGCCCUUCGACGGCGGCGUGCCGGCCUGCGGCGCCGAGGCGCGCGUGGCCCCCCCGACAGAAGCAAUGGUCCAUGCGUGCUGGCGGCGCGCGCGGCGCUGGACUACGAGACGGCGCGCAGCCACGAGCUCGUCGUGCGCGCCACGGACGGCGUCACUGGCGCCUUCGCCGACGCCGCGCUGUCGCUGCGCGUGCUCGACGUCAACGACUGCGCGCCGGAGUUCCCGCGCGACGUCUACCGCGCCACCGUGUCUGAGGCGGCGCCGCGCGGCGAGCUCGUGCUCACGCUGCACGCGCGCGACAACGACACCGGUGAAAACGGACAAGUGACAUAUUCACUAUCCGAAAUGGAUACGGCCGCCGAGGGCGCCUUCACCAUUGACGCCGCGACGGGCACGGUUCGGGUGGCGGCGCCGCUCGACCGAGAGACCAGAGCGCACUACCAUCUGCUGGUGACGGCGACCGACGCCGGCCGGCCGCCGCUCGUCACCACCGCCCACCUGUUCAUCUCCCUGGACGACGUCAACGACAGCCCGCCGAGCGUGGAGCGCGGCGUGGUGCCGGCGCUGGUGUCGGCCGAGGCGGCGCGCGGCACCGAGCUGGCGCGCGUGGCGGCCUGGGACCCGGACGAGCGCGACGCCACGCGCCUGCACUUCGCGCUGGAGGGCGCGGCGCCGCAGCGAGCCUUCGCCGUGGACGCGCGCACGGGCGUGGUGUCGCUGGCGGCGGGGAGCGGCUGGGCGGGCGGCGCGCUGCGCUCGCUGAACGUGUCGGUGUCGGACGGGGCGCACGCGGCCUUCGCGCGCGUGAAGCUGUCGCUGGCGCCGGCCAACCGCAGUCCGCCGCACUUCCCUCACGUCGUACACGAGGCGCGAGCGCUCGAGAAUCAACCGCCGCCCCUACUUUUGACUACGGUAAAAGCGUAUGACGACGAUCCCGGAGAAUACGGCACUGUGACUUAUUCCAUCCCGUCGGCUCGCCUGCGCGAGACGUUCGCAAUAGACGCCAGCAGCGGCGCGCUGAGCACGCGCGUGGCGCUCGACCGCGAGGCGCGCGCCGACUGGGACGUGCCCGUCACCGCCAGCGACGGCGGCGGGCUCGUGCGCCACACCGUGGUGCGCGUGCGCGUGGCCGACCUCAACGACAACGCGCCCGAGUUCCCGCUGCGCGAGUACCGCGCCGCCGUGCGCUGCGACCGCGCGCCGCGCCUGCCCUUCCUCACGCUGGCGGCGCGCGACGCCGACGCGGGCGAGCACGCGCGCCUGCACUACUCCGUGUACGAGGGCGACGCGCGCGCCGACACCGCCGGCCUCUUCGCGGUCGACGCGCACACCGGCGCGCUGUCCUUCGCGCGCGACGCCACGCCCUUCGCGUCUCGCAGCGUGCAGGUGUGGGUGCGCGCGCGCGACGGAGGUGGGCUGGCAGGCGAGGCGCCAGUGUCCGUGUUCGUGCUGGGCGCCAACGACGAGGCGCCCCGCGUGCUGGCGCCCCCGGCCGACCUGUUCCUGCGCGAGGACGCGGCGCCCGGCACGCUGGUGGCGGAGCUGCGAGCGCCCGAGCCUGGCGCCCCGCCGCCGCGCUACCGGCUGGCGCCCGCGCUGUGGGCGCGGGACCUGUUCGCCAUCGACGAGUCCGGCCGCCUGGUGCUGGCCGGCCAGCUGGACCGGGAGACCGCGGCGGAACAUAUCAUAGUGAUGGCGGACGACCCGGACGCCGGGACGAACGGCGAGGUUCGCUACUCGCUGGCCCACGAGGGCGACGACGGCGACGUCGCCGACGGCGCGCUGUUCGCGGUGGACCCGUACACGGGCUGGGUGACGACGCUGGGCGACCUGGACCGCGAGGCGCGGGCCGAGCACCGCCUGGCGCUGCUGGCGGCCGACGGCGGCAGCCCGCGCCGCGUGGCGCGCGGCACGCUGGUGCUGCGCCUGCUGGACUACAACGACUGCCCGCCCGCCUUCGCCGCGCCCGCGCCCGCCGCCGCCGUGCGCGAGGACGCGGCGCCCGGCACCGUGGUGCUGCGCCUGGCCGUCCGGGACGCGGACGCGGCCGGCGCGCCGCUGGCCUUCUUCGUGGCGGCCGGCGACCCGCGCGCGCGCUUCCAACUGCGCGCCUCGGGCGAGCUGUACGUGGCGCGCGCGCUCGACCGCGAGCUGGAGCCGCGCUACAGUCUGCGCGUCGCGGCCACCGACGGCAAGUUCACCGCGCACACCGACGUGCACGUCGACGUCCUCGACGUCAACGACAAUCCACCGUACUGCCUCCGUCAUCGGUACUACGCUCGCUUACCUGAAGACGCAGCGAACGGCACUCGAGUGAUGACGUUGGAGACUGGCGACGCCGACGAACCUAGCGACGCCGGGCUUCGCUACUACCUCACCGGGGAAGCGGCGCAUCACUUCCUCAUCGACAAGGUGCACGCGACCGACGCUGAUCUCGGUGAAAAUCGUCUAGUGCGCUAUUCUUUCGUGGAAGAAACGAGCGAGGUAUUCGAACUUGCGGCCGACAGCGGCAUCGUCACGCUGCGCGCGGCGCUGGACCGCGAGACGCAGGCCGAGCACCGCGUACUGGUGCGCGCGCAGGACGCCGGCCGCCCGCCGCGGUCCGCCACCGCCACGCUGCGCCUCACCGUGGCCGACGUCAACGACAACCCGCCCGAGUUCGAGUUCCACCAGUACCGCGCCACCGUGCCCGAGCUGGACGCGCCCGGCACCGAGGUGCUGCGCGUGCGCGCCACGUCGCGCGACGCCGGCGUCAACGCGGACGUCUACUACUCGCUCGUGGGCGGCGACGACCGCGACGACUUCGCCGUGGACCGCGCGUCCGGCGUGCUCAGCGUGGCGCGGUCGCUGGACUACGAGCGGCGCCAGCACUACUUGCUCACGGUGCAGGCCGUGGACGGCGGCACGCCCCCGCUCAGCGACCUGGCCACGCUCAACAUCUCGGUGGCGGACGGCAACGACAAUGCGCCGCAGUUCUCGCAGGCGCAGUACGGCGCGCGCGUGCGCGAGGACGCCGCCGUGGGCGCGCGCGUGCUGCAGGUGGUGGCGGACGACGCCGACGCGGGCGCCAACGCGCGCGUGUCGUACUCCAUCGCGCGCGGCGACCGCGACGGUCGGUUCGCCAUCGACGCCGACACGGGCUACGUGUCGCUGGCGGCGGCGCUGGACCGCGAGACGGCGCCCGCGUACGUGCUGGAGGUCCGCGCGCGGGACCACGGGCUGCCCGCGCUCGAGGCGACGGCGCUGGUCAACAUCGAGGUGGUCGAUGCCAACGACAACCCGCCCCUGUUUGCCCAAUCCAACUACAGCGCCGUGGUGCAGGAGGACCGGCCGCUGGGACAUACGAUCCUAAAAUUCGUCGUAGAAGACGCCGAUGCACCCCCGAAUGCGGCCCCUUAUACUUUUGAUUUUCAAUCCGGCAACGAAAUGGGAGCUUUCCGUCUUGAACAAGAUGGUUACUUGCGGUCGGCGACACGCUUCAAUCACCGUAUUAAAGACAGAUACGUUUUACAAGUCCGUGUGUUCGAUAACGGCACGCCCCCUCUGUACUCUGACGCCUGGGUGUACAUCAGGGUCAUUGAAGAGUCGCAGUACCCGCCCGUCGUCACUCCGCUCGAGGUCGUCGUCAACUCUUACUUAGACGAGUUCCCAGGUGGUAUUAUAGGAAGGGUGUACGCUUCAGAUCGUGACGCUUACGAUACUCUCACAUACUCAAUCGCUCCAGUCGAUGGCGCACCUUAUCCUCCGACAGAUCUGUUCGAAAUCGAUCCGUCCGACGGCACAUUGAAAGCGGCGCCCCGACUCGACGUGGGAGAAUAUAGGCUAAACGUAACGGUCGACGAUGGGAAAUUCCUCGGUUACGCUAUUGUCAAAGUUACCGUCAUAUUAAUUUCGGACGAGAUGCUCGCGCAGGCGAUCGUCGUUCGUUUCCGCGAAGUAACCGAUCGAGACUUCAUUCUGAGCCAUCGCAAAGGCUUCAUCCGGGCGAUCGCCGAGGCCACCGACUGCGAGCCCGGCGACGUGGUCAUAGUGAGCGUGCAGCCCUCCGGCGACGCCGACGACGACGCCGCGCGCGCGCGCCGCCAGGUGGCGCAGGACCUGGACGUGGCCUUCGCCGUGCGCGCCGCCGCCGCCUUCUUGCCCGCCGACGCGCUGCGCCGCCGCCUGCACGCGCACCUGGAGCGCCUGGAGGAGCGCGCGCGCCUCGUCGUCGAGGAGCUGCUGCGCGCCGCGUGCGGCGGCUGCGUGCACGGCGCCUGCGCAGAGCGCGUGCAGCUGGGCGCCGCGCCGCGCGCCACGGCCGCCGAGGUCUUCGCCCUCGUGGCGCCGCCGCACCGGCUGGUGGCGCGCUGCGCCUGCGCGCCCGGCUACGGCGGCGAGCGCUGCGACCGCGCGCCGGCCGCCUGCGCCGACUGCCGCGGCGUGGCGGCGCUGGCGGGCGACGGCUACCUGCAGUACCGCCUGGAGCGCGGCGCGCUGCAGGGCGCGCGGCUGCCGGACGACGAGCUGGCGCUGUCGCUGCGCUUCCGCACGCGGCGCGAUCGCGGCACGCUGCUGUACGCUGCGGGGCGCGUGGACUACGCGGUGCUGGAGGUGGCGGAGGGCUACCUGCAGUUCCGCAUGGAGCUGGGCGCGGGCCCGGCGGCGGUGCGCGCGGCGGUGCCGGUGUCGGACGGGCUGUGGCACGAGGCGCGCCUGGAGCGGCGCGGCGCCAGCAUGCGCCUGACAGUGGACCGGCGCAGCGCGCUGGCUCAGACGCCGGGGCCGGCCGCCGUGCUGGACGUGCGCGCGGACCGGCUCCUGCUGGGCGCCGAGCUGACGCGACACGCUCACGCCUUCGCAGCGGAACAGGUAACGUACGGGUUCCACGGCUGCAUAUCGGACGUGAAGCUAGGCGGCGCGCUGCUCCCGCUGGAGGAGGGCGAGAGCUCCACGGACGGGCGCGCGCAGCUCGUGCGGCGCGUGCGCGUGCGCGUGGGCGCCGCCUGCCCCGCCCUGCCGCCGCCCACGCCCUGCGCGUCCUACCCCUGUCUCAACGGCGGCUCGUGCCGCGACCUGGCCGACCUGCUGGAGGCCGCCGAGCCCGACGAGGGCUACGCCUGCACGUGCCACGCGCGCUUCUCGGGCCGGCGCUGCGAGCUGGACGGCGACCCGUGCGCGUCGCAGCCGUGCCUGCACGGCGGCUCGUGCGCGGCGGCGGCGGGCGGCUUCCGCUGCGCCUGCGCGGCCGGCCUGGGCGGCGCGCGCUGCGAGCGCGGGCGCUGGUGCGCGGCCGGCGUGUGCGCGCACGGCGGGGCCUGCGAGGAGGGCGACUGGGGCCCCUCGUGUCGCUGCCGCGGCUACUACGGCCCGCGCUGCCAGUACGACGUGGACGAGUGCGCGGGCGAGCCCUGCCUCAACGGCGCCACGUGCGUCAACGAGCCCGGCUCCUUCCGCUGCCUCUGUCCGCCCGAUAAGACCGUUUCUUCGUACCUACUCAACACGGACGAUUACUGCGCGCGCACCGCCAGUGACUCCGAGCAGCUGCGCGCGCGCACGCUGCGCGAGCCCGACGCGGCCAGCCUUAUCACUAUGCUCGAGGAGCGGAACUCGCUGCUGGGCGGCGACGACGACGGGUCUGGCAGCGAGCUGUCGGCGAACCUGUGCGAGAUAGAAGAGUCCGACGCAGAGACGGAGCCAGCGCUGAGCGCGCCGCGCCACACGGACGUGUGACGGCGGCGCGCGGCCCACGAGCCGCCUCCCGCGGGGCCCCGGGCCCCGCCACUGGGCCCCGCGCGGUCCUGGGCCCCGGCGCUGGGCCCCGCGCGCGGGCUCUAGCCCGCCCCUGCGACAUGAACGCUUCUGUCGACUGUAGCUGUGUGAAUGCUGACCUACCGACUAUUGUAAAAUAUAUAAGUUGAUAUUUGUAAGUGACACUUUUGCCGAAGUAUGGAUGCUCGAGACUAGAUUCUAUGCGCCUCGUAUUGAAUGAAAUCACUCAUGGGUAAACAUUGGUUGUGAUUUGACCUUUUCGUGUGAAACUGUGUGGACAACCGAGGUCGUCGAACUUUAGUUUCAAGUUCAGAUUUUGUUGUAUUUUGCAUUUAUGUUAAAGCAUAAUCAUUCCAGAAAUAAUUACUUUCCCACAAUAAGUUGUCCGUUGAACUGAUAUAAUCUGAAAGAAUGUCUGAAUAUAAUGAAAUAGAAAACGUCUGUAAUGUACGAUGUAUGUGAAUGCAAAUUGUAUAUAUAAUUAUAGUCUGAUUCGCGUGAUGUUUUUUCCUCGAGAUCUGUGGACAAAGGAGGUAUAAGACUUGUAAAUAGUAUUAGCACAGGUAUUAGCAUAUAAUUACGAACUAGAUAGGUCACAUUGUAAAUAAUGUUUAUAAUAGUAAGAAGUAUACAUAUUUAUCUUCCUUUUCCGCGAUGUUAGAGCCGAGGUACUCCGCCGCGCGCUGCCGGCGACUCUUCAAUACUCGAGACUACCACAAGACGACUGAGAACGUCACUGCGGCCCGACAAGUCCAGUACUGUGUACUAUACUGUACUGUACUGUACCGGGUCUGUCACCGGCUCUUCAUUUUAUACAAAUUGUAUUGACGUGUUAGAUAGGGACACAUAUUGAGAAUCGUGAGUACGCGCGAGUGUGGACGAGACUGUGGGCGACGUGUCGCGCCCGUCGCGGGAAUAUAUUAAUGAAAUGGUGCUCCAAUCGUAGUUUCAUAUCAUACUUUAAAACUGUGCAUUUAAAAUGAGUAGCUGAUGCGUUCUCCUCCUAGAUUAGUUUUAAAUAAGGGAUCUAUUUUUAUAUGUACAAAGAGACACGCGGCUGUACUCCGUCUGUGACGGGCGCCGCGCGCCGGCGGGCGGGCGCCAGUGGGCGCCAGCGGGCG